GUUUGGGCCAUCGGUGAAUUGAGGCACGUGUCGCGCUUGCUGCAGGACAACCUACUGCCUCUGAUGGUGCAGAACAGCCGCAUCCUGGGAGUCCGAGCCUACUUGAAAGCGAAGGCGCCCUUCGAGUACUCCUUGCUGAGGCGAGGUCUCUUCAAGCUGCGUCGAGAUGUGCCAUACCUGAGGGAGUUCUUGCCGGGCCCAGAGUAG